GUGUAUUCUGCCGCAGCCAUCUAACUGCAGGGGUCUCGCCCGACGCCUCGGCCGUCAUGGCGGAGCCGCUGCCCAAGCGCCGUCGCAUCACCGGCAAGCGGCCGCCGUCCCCGAGCGUGCCUGCGCUGGCCGCUGCGCCUGCCGACGCGCCUGCGCCCGCGCGCGUGCUGCGACGGCCUGCAAGAGCGUACACUGACGUGUGCUGUGGGCGCGAGGGUGUGCCGUGUCGGUUUGCGGCCCGCGGCACGGGACAACCUGCUGCAGGGAAUCGAGAAGGGCGAUGCAGCUUUUGCAGUCUUGCGAACCUGCGUCGCGCCCUGGAGACUGCCGCGGGCCGUCGCAACGUGGUGCGCCUGCUGCGUGCCUGGGCCCGCCACGCCCCGGUGAUCUUGGAGGCAGCCUUUGCAGAGAGCUCCAUAGUGGACUUGCCGGAGGCAGAUCGAGAGCAGCUUCGUAAGGAUUCCACGGAGCGCACCGCCCAGGAUCUCUUGGCCAAGAGGGCGUCCGUGGCGGCCCCACCGUCUCCUGAAGAGCUGCAAGGGUACCAGGAAAAAGUGCGACAAGACCGGGCGCUCGUGCUGAAGAAGUUUUUUCCAGAGAGGCAGCGCACCGUUCGCCAUGCAGGUCAUCAAUGGAAGCAUCCAAUGACUGAAGAAGUGAGGGCCAACAUCCAAGACAUUGCUCCGAACGAUGCCGGCCUACCCGUAGCGGCAGCCUCUGUCGUGGCCAGGAACGUGGAGACCUGGUGCAAGCGAGGCUCGUGGCAGAUCUGCAAGGAAUGUUACUCGGUGGAGACGGUGCACUUGAAGGAGCCGGCCGCCCUGCGGGCAUCGACCGGCCAGGUGGGGCGGUGCAAGAACUGUGUCAAGCCAGCCGAGAAAAGGAUUUGGGUGCCCCAGCCUGAAGAAGUGCCCAAAGCUUUGCGGGGCUUGUCCCGCGCUCAGAUCCAAGCGCUGCGGCCUCUCGACGUGGACUGUGGUCCUGAAUGGAAAGCAGACUUUGGCUAUUACCUCCACAGCAGCAUGAUCCGGUUUGCCUGGGCGGAAGAGGAUGUCGAGGACAAGGUCAAAGCGCUCCCAACCCACAGUCUCCGAAAGCAAGCGAAGAAGAAAUACCCGGAUGCCGACUCCGCGCGCCGGAAGCGGCCGCUGCAGUUCUUGGAGGAACCCGGCAUCGAGACGGCUCUCUGGCCUCAUCUCUACUGGCAUUACGAGCUCUGUGAGACGGUCGCCCGCCUCUCGGAUGUCCGCAGGCAACGGCGCGGCCAAGGCGUGCCAGCCAACGAUGCCCCCAUCGACGCCGAGGAGGCGACCAGGCAGAGCGCCAAGCGCAAUUUCCUCGCCAAGGUCUGGGGGCCCAUUGUGGACUACGCCGGCGAGUACGAGCUCCUGCACUUUGUCUACGACCUGUCGGUGUGGUCCGACGUGGGCGGCAAGAAGGGCGCGCUUCGGGGAAUGCCGAUGUGGCAAGCCAUGAAGGGCGCGCCAUGGACGCCCCAGUUCUGGAAGCUACGACAUGCCGCGGCCCUGGAUAUGCAGGCUCAAUGUGGCUAUCCGGUGGCGUUCUUGACUUGGGCGCCAUUUGAAUGGUCAGCGCUGCGCCUGGCCCACCUCUUGACGGAGUUGUUCCGCGAGUGGGUCUGCGGCGGGGGGCGCAAAGCCGGGGAUGCCACGGCGGCCUGGCGCAACGGCGUCUUUGCAGGCACCAAGCCCGACGGGAGCAAGAUCAAGGUGAACUUUGUUGGGCGCCUGGAGUUCCAGGACGGGAAAAGAAAAGAGGCCACGCAAGAUUACCACGGGCGUGGCGCCGUCCACCUCCAUGGCCUGAUCUUCGCGGAGACACUGCAGGGCAUGAACUUGGAGCAGAAAUUUCAAGCCACAGUACCCGACGAAGGGCAUCCCUUGCGAGGCAUGGUGUUGGAUGGGCAGCCUGGUCGAGGUGGGAGCGGCUGGCCGGUUAUGGAGGGCCCAAGCUUCUAUGACGCGCAUGCAGAGAAAGUCAAGCUCCAUCACACCAAGGAAGACAAGAAGUUGGGGAUCCGGGCCUAUUGCCCCGAAGUCUUGGAUGUGCUGAAGUGCCAUCAAGAUGCGCAACUGGAGCGUGGCUCUGGCCACAUGAUCCGCUACUCCACCAGUUACUUGGCCAAGUUUAGUGAUGGGCCGGGCAAGGAGCUGAUGGACGACCAGAGCAGUGGCUACGGCGCUGCGAGGCGGGCGCUCUUUACGUCGCAUCCAGGAGAGCCGGAGAUGUGGAUGCAGCUUGCAUCGCAGAAUUUCCCCAUGUUCUUCAUGGGCGGCACCAUGGAGCCCAUCAUCGCCCCGCACCCCGGCAUGGCCAAGAAGCCCGCGUACGUGGAGCGCUAUGAGCAGUCUUCCUGGCGUGGCGACGGCAUGUGCCUGCUGGAAUUCCUGCGCAAGACGAACAACAAGGGAGAGGUGUUGGAGCACAUCAAGAAAGCGCAAUUGAAGGACCCUCGGGGUCGAGACUUGGACACCUUCGCCCGGCACUUCCAGCCGUUUGGUGAGAAGAUCAUCGCGGCCGAAAUGGUUUCUAUGCUCAAUGAUAAGUAUUUUGGACAAUGGUUGGCUCUCCACGUCCCCUUCCGCAAGCUGGACGACUUGCUGGUCGCCAACGUGUUGGAGCUGGCGCCCGACCACGUCAAGUUUUUAGCCUGCGCCUUGCAUUGGGCGCCCGAGAAGUGGCGCAACGAAGCGUGGAUUCGCAAGCGCAUGGCGCUCAGCGCCCACAAAGAGGCCCACGUUCAGACCAUCGUUCAAAUGAUCCGGGCCAACGACUUCUUCAUCCAGCAGCACUUGGACGGCACCAUGGAGCGGGAAGCCCGCGCGCAAGCCCCGUUGUACAUCCGGCAAGCCUACUUGGAUGAAGACGGCGAGUUCCCUCUGGCCGGAGAUCAGCUGCGGGUGGCCGACAACGUCAACAAGCGGGUGGACCAAGCGUUGGCCGUGCGCUACGCCGCCUCUGAGGAAGAAGCGGAUCGGCUGCUGCAUCUGGCAGACGAGCAUGGCUCUAUGGUGGCCGUGCUGGGCCCCCCUGGCACGGGCAAGACGGCCGCCUUGGACCAAUGCAUUCGCAGAGCACAGAGGCUUGGCGCCAGAGUGCUACUGGCGAUGCCCACUGGGGUGCAACGGGCCCGCAUGAAGCAGCGGCACCCGGAGGCAGACUUGGACACUUGCCACGGCGCCUUCAUGUUUCACAAACCUCUGGUGGAAGCGAUGGGCGUGAUGCUGUGCUAUGACCUCAUCGUCGUCGAUGAAGCGCCCCAGCUCUUCGAGGAGCACUUCGACCGCCUGCAUCAAAUGUGGCUGGGUGCUGGUAAGUUGCCAUGCUUGGUCUUUGCUGGGGAUGAGUGGCAGCUGCCGCCGCCGGACCACACCAAGCGCAGCUUGGUGCAUCAUCCGCAGUGGCGGUUUGUCUAUAAGAUCCAGCUCCACAAAGUCUGGCGCCAGUCCGAUGAGGACCCGCUCCUGAGCAAGCUGGGGUAUCUCCGCAAGAAUCGGCCGAUGGGCGCAGAAGGGACGGCCUUCGUCCGAGACUUGUGCCGGAAUCACAAGGCCUGGACAGGCCACCACACGCCGACGAAUUUGGACAUCCAGGACUUGUUCCAGAAGACCGACAACAGCACGACGGUGAUCACAUGUACCCGUUGGGGGGCUGCUCACAUCAAUCGUUUGGCGGUGGAGGUCCGGCUCCACGGUUGGCUGCCCGUAGCACAGGCUGGCCUCUAA